AUGAGUACUAUACAGCAACUCAUUAACGAUUUAAAUAAUUUGGCAUCUGAGUCUAGGAGACGAAAUAGUGAAAUUAGACAUGCGUGUGACAAGGCUAUUACAGAUUUGAAAGAUUAUCAACCCCAAGAAAGUAUACAUGAGAUUUCACAGAAUGAAAUCAAAAAAGAUAUACUAAAACCAUUCUUGAUAUCUUGCAGCACGGGAAAUGCUAAGUUUGUCACCAUAUCGAUUCCUAUUAUUCAUAAAUUGAUUAUAAGUGAGAUAAUACCGGUGGAAAGCUUGAAUGAAUUAUUAGGUUCAUUGAAAGAAGCAACUAACUUGGCAACAGAUAUCCAGCUAAGAAUCUUACAAUGCUUACCAGCUCUCAUGCAGAAUUACAAUAAAUCAAUUACAAACUCUCAAUUAUUAAAGCUAUUGGGAAUUUGUUCAAGCUUGACUUCUAGCAAUAAGUCCACGGUGGUAAUUAAUACUGCUUCAGCCACUUUACAGCAAUUAUUUAGUAAUGUAUAUGAUAAAAUUGAAGAUGGAGGAGAGCUUAAUAAUGAGUUAAAGAUUGAUAAUGAUGAAGUCAUAAAGAUUAACGAUUCAUCUUUGGAAGGAUUCAAGAUAUUUAACGAUUUAUGUGGAUUGAUUGAGAAUGAGAAACCAACAUACUUCACGGAAUUUAUAAACAUAAAAUCAUUAUCUGUGCUAGAAAUUAUAGAGAGCAUUUUAUCGAAUCAUAAAGAUCUAUUCGAUAAACACCAAGAAUUAUGUUUUCUAGUGAGAGUCAAAAUAAUUCCGUCAUUAUUAAGAAUACUAAAUGCCCCCAACCAGAGCUUUCCUUUGACUAUUAGAACUAUGCGUAUAUUUCAUGUGCUAUUAGCAUCUCAAUUAGAUAAUCUAGAAGUUGAAAGUGAAAUUGUCCUAUCAUUUUUAAACCAUAUGUUGAUCAAUGGUAAUAACGAACCAUCUGAGAGGGAUAACUGGGUAAAAAUAGCGGUUUUAGAAAUGUAUCGUGGGUUAUUCUCAGAUUUUGGUGUUAUUCAGUCUAUUUAUGAUAAGUAUGACAGCAACCCGAAGAAGAAGAAUGUAAUCCAAGAAUUGAUGUCUAUCUUGUGCACUUAUUUACUGCAUAAUGCUUAUAUGAUGAAUGAUGUUGUAAAACCUCCACCCACCUCAUUAUCCCAAAAUCAAUCAUCAAAUCAACAUUUAUAUUUAUCUAAACAAUCUUCAAAUAUGAAAAUAUCUAUCCUUGAUCAUUUAGAUAAGCAAGAAUCGCCGGCUUCAAUUCCACUCAAUUAUUCAAUUUAUUUGACAUUUUCUAUUUUAUUAGCUUUUACUGAUGGUGUUGCAAAAUUUGUUAAUAACUUAUCAGAUAAAUCAAGCCUGUCCGGAUUAGAAGCAAAUGUUGAAUUUGUUACUUCUUUGAUCGAGAAUACGUAUCCCGAAGUAUCAUCUUUAUUUGAAAGAUUUAUUUAUUCUUACGUGGAUAAUGACGGAUUUCAUCAGCUAAUUAGAACAUUACAGAAAUUCACUCAUGCGACUGGGUUGCUAGGACUUGGUAGCUUAAGAGAUGGAUUAUUAAAUAUUCUUUCGAAAGCGAUAAUAAAGAACUCAAGUAAGAAUGAAACAAAAACAAACCCAACAGGUAGCAGUGGACUUCAAGAACAAGGGAAGCAGCUUUUAGCUCUCGGGGAGUCGGUAGUUGAAUCUUUUAGCUCCUCCCUCCAAAAACAUUCAUCAGAUCAUGAUCUUUCCGCACAAUCACAGCCACAAAUAAAAUCUAGAAGCUUCAAUUCAAGGCAAGUUAUCUGUUUACGAGCAUUGGCUAAUUUAGCUGUUUCUUUGGGGUCGACUUUGCAGAAUUCCUGGUCUAUCAUAUGGAUAACCUUUCAAUGGUGCGAUUAUUAUAUGAAUGGACCAGAUGAAUAUAGUGGAUAUUUAAAUAAUAAGAAUAUGAAUUUUACAAAUGAUAUGUUGCCGAAACUAACUGCCAGUGACUUGAACAAUAUAGAGAUUUCUAAAAAGAAAUUCUUUGAAAGUAUUAAUGAUUAUCAACUAGAAUCAUUCCAUGCAUUGAUCAUUGCCCUAACAAACUUGUCCGAUGAAGCAUUUAGUAACACUCCGAGAGCAAAAGGUAAAGAACAACAAACUGUGAAAGAAACGGAAGAAGAUAGAGGCCAAACUGUUAGUGAUCAAAUGAUUGUUUGUCCUUACAACAAGGUCUAUUAUCUCAAGAUGUUAGGUCAAAUUUCUCAGAUAAACCCUAAUAAAUUUCUCAUUGAGAAUGACAAAUCAUGGGAUCUCAUUCGUGAUUAUUUUGUUAAUUUGGGAGCUAAAAGAGCUAGCCACAUAGGAUAUAAACUCAGAAUUCAUAUUGUGAACACAUUUAAUGGUAUCAUUAAGGAUAUAACUCAUGAGGGAUUUGAAUCUACUGAGAAUUCCAUUAAUAUCAAGACCUCCCAAAAAUCUUUAGAUGGGUUACGAGGAUUCCUUGAUAGGUUGUUUGAUAUGGGCUUACCAAAUGAAUUAUUAGUUCUCAAUUGUGAAACUGAAAUGCAUUUACUAGUCUUAACCACGUUGCAUGAAUUAAUUGAUAAGUUUGACAAGUAUUACCAGAAUUCCUGGCACACUGUUUUUAGAAUUUUAAAUACAUCAUUCAGAUCGGCGGAAGCGGAUAAGGAAGACAAUAAUUUGAAAGAGAAAAUUAGACUUGUGAUAGAUUCGUCGUUUAAUACAUUGAAGCUAAUUUUGGAUGAAUUUAUGUCUUCAUUACCUUUUGAUCAAAUGCAUAUCUUAAUCGAAACGUUGUAUAAUUUCUGUCAUCAAAGAUAUGACUUGAAUAUUUCGUUUAGUUCCGUCAGCUAUUUCUGGUUGAUAAGUGAUUCUUUGAAAUCAAAGAUAUUAUCAACCAAAGAAACGCAAGAUUUCAAUUUCAAGAUCAAGACAGACUCGGAAUUAAUCAAAAUUAUUGAACACGAGCCAAAGGAAAACCAGACAUUCUAUAAAUUAUUGGAUAUAUAUUUGCUUUCGACCUUGUCGAAAUUGUCUACAGAUUCUAGAGCUCAAGUCAGAGAUGGAGCUAUUCAGACUUUCUUCCAGAUUAUAGAUGUUCAUGGUAGUUUAUUGCCGUCUUGGGAUUUAAUUUAUGAAAUAGUAUUGCCUACUUUACUCAACCUUCAGAUUGAUUUGAAUAAUUCCAAAUUUAACAAAAAAGAAUGGAUUGAGAGUUUGAAUUUAAUUCUCUCGGGAUUAGUUUCGUUAUAUGGAAAGUUUAUGAUGGAUUUUGGCAAUAGUGAACGUAAGCAAACCUUAAAAUACUUCUGGGAAGGGCUUAUAAAGUACUUUAAUAGGCUCCUUGAAUUGAAAUGGGUAGACCUAAACUUGAAUAGUUUUAAAUCAUUUCAUGACUUAUUGGUACCAUUCAGUAAUAUUCCAAAUGGGGAUAUUGAGGAAGUGAGGAACUUGCUAUUUGAAUUUUGGGCAAAUGUUCCAGUGGAAUAUGAUUUUGUGAAUCCAUUAUACCAAGAGUCGUUAUCGAACUUAAUGAAGUGUUUUCCGCCAUUAUACAAGAUAAUUAAGGAUUCAUUGGACACUGAAAAAGUAAACACUAUAAUCAAUAUGCUUAAUAGGUGCGCAAGAUAUCCAGUUCUACCUAGUGCCCACUUGGAUAACACCAGGCCAUCUCAAUUACAGCAAUCAGUAAUUAAUAAUCUAGAAUGUAUUGACCUGGAGGAUGCUUUUAUGAGAUCCUCUGUCAUUCAGCAACUAAGUAAUAUGUUGGUAUAUCCAUUUGGAACUAAGAUGAGAAUUGAGCAAAAAUUGGGUGCCAAAUUAAAGGACAAGGUCACAAUCCCAACUUUCAUAGCAAUAAGUCACUUAUCGAUGCACUUGUUGAAGAAAAAGUUAGAUGAAGUGCACGAUUAUAAAGUUCUUUUGAAGGAGAAGACAAUCAGUAGACUUUUCAAGUCUCUUUUGGAAGUGCUUAAAAUGAAGGCCGCUGGAAUUGAGAAAAAAGACUACACACCGUUAUGGAUAGAAGCCAACCUUGUUUUGAAACUCAUUAUCAGCAAGCUUGUUAAGGACAACUUGGUGGACCUUCGUGAUGACAAAAAUUCAACAGAAUUAUGGAAGUUAAUUGUCACGAGUGUUAAUAUUUGCUUUGAGAGCGAAACAGACCCCCAACAAGAAUCAGUGAAUAUCAAGCAGUACUUUGAAUUAAGUAAAAUUGUAUUACCAGCAUUGAUGACAGAUCCUAAGAACGAAACUUUGAUGAUUGAUUUCAUUGAAAACGUCUACCACAAGUCCUUUUUAUAUGAGAAUAAUGAUAUAGAAGAUUCCAUUAAGGGCUCAACAAACUCAAUCUCAGAAUUGACCUCAGCCUUAGCUAACUUCAAUUUUGACAAUUCAUUUGGCAGCGCGAAAGCUCUAAGCAUAUAUUCGAAUAGAAAGACGAGAGUGAUGUGUCUCAAGGAGAUUAUAAAGUUCUCACAACUGAACCUGGACUCGAGUAAUGGACUCCAAGAGCUCAGCUUGCAAUAUUUUGUGUGCAGAGCUGCCUUCAUCUUCAGAAGGUUUAUCUCCGAAGAAAUGCUCCGCUACAAGUCCCCAUUGCCCCAAAUACAACAAGAAGAGCUACUUAUCACCAUAGACGGAAUUCUUAAUAUCCAAAAGACCCUUCGUACUUCAGGCGACUGGGAGAUCUUUGAUGUACUCUAUGUGUUGUUGACAAAAUCCAUCCCUUUCGCCGCCAGAAUCGACCGCCUAGAUUCCAUGCUUGCAGUCGCCUUACAAAAUUUCUCCCGUGCUUCUGUCUAG